GGAGAGACCAGUGAGUGAGAAAGAAAACUGCCAAGAUGGCCGAGUGUGCAGGUCGAGUGGAGCAGUGAGCUGCUGUUUUCGCCGCGAUCAGCUGCCGAGUUGCCGACUGACAAGGCGAAUUCGUCGCGACUGCAUGGAAGAAUAGUCGCAGGUGGGCGAAAUGGAGCGCAAGUCGUCGCCAGACGCGGCGCUGGCGUCGGACGUGUUCGACCAGUUCUGCUCGGCGUCGACGCUCAAGACGGUCCUGACGCUGCACCGGCACCUGUGCGAACUACUACGCCUGCGCCCCGCUCCCUUCCCCCACUUUUACCCGCAACUCAAAGGAAAGCUGCGCUCGUGGCGUGCGCAGGCGCUAUGGGCUAAAUUCGACAAACGCGUUGCGCACAAGUGCUACGCGCGCGGCACUGCCAGCGAAGGAACGAGAGUGCUGAUCAUCGGUGCGGGCCCGUGUGGCCUGCGGGCGGCGAUCGAGGCGCAGCUGCUCGGCGCCAAGGUGGUGGUGCUUGAGAAGCGAGACCGGAUCUCGCGAAACAACGUGCUCCACCUGUGGCCCUUCGUGAUCCACGACCUGCGCUCGCUCGGCGCAAAGAAGUUCUUCGGCAAGUUCUGUGCUGGCGCCAUCGACCACAUCAGCAUCAGGCAGCUGCAGGUGAUUCUGCUGAAAGUGGCGCUGCUGCUAGGCGUUGAGCUGCACGUCGGCGUGUCCUUUGAGAGCCUUGUGCCACCUGUCGACUCGAGCUUUGGCUGGCGGGCUGAAACGAGUCCUGAGGACCACCCGGCCUCGCAGUUUGAGUUCAACUGCCUGAUCGGUGCCGACGGAAAGCGCAACACGCUCGAGGGCUUCGGCCGCAAGGAGUUCCGCGGAAAGCUGGCCAUCGCCAUCACAGCCAAUUUCAUCAACAAGCGCUCCGAGGCGGAGGCCCGCGUCGAGGAAAUCUCUGGCGUCGCGUUUAUUUUCAAUCAAAAAUUCUUCCGCGACCUCUAUGAGGCUACCGGCAUUGACCUCGAAAACAUCGUCUACUACAAGGACGACACGCACUACUUUGUCAUGACGGCCAAGAAGAACAGCCUCAUCGACAAGGGUGUCAUAAUAUCGGACCAACCCGAUACAGCUCGGUUGCUACACCCUGACAACGUGGACAAGGAAGCUUUGAUGGAGUACGCAAGGGAGGCGGCAGACUUCAGCACGCAGUACCAGCUGCCGCACCUGGAGUUUGCGGUGAACCACUAUGGGAAGCCAGACGUGGCCAUGUUCGACUUCACGUCCAUGUACGCGGCCGAGAACGCGAGCAGGGUGGUUGAACGACACGGCCACCGACUGCUGAUGCAGCUGGUUGGCGACAGCCUACUCGAGCCCUUCUGGCCCACCGGUUCAGGCUGUGCGCGCGGUUUCCUCAGCUCCCUCGACGCCUGCUGGGCGGUGCGUUCGUGGGGCAGUGGCGUCGCCACGCCUCUUGAAGUUGUUGCCGAACGCGAAAGCAUUUACCGCUUGCUCGGCCAGACAACGCCUGAAAACCUCAACAAGGACUUCAACGCCUACACCCUCGAGCCACAAACCAGGUACCCCAACCUCAACAUCAGGGCCGUCCUGCCCGCACAGGUUCGUAACCUGCUGACGACUGACAACCCGGCAGGCGUGGAAUUGUGCUCAAGCGUGCAGCCAGUGAAGAAGCGUCGGCGUGAGGUUGAGGUGGCGAGUGCUGUGCUUGUGUCGUGGCUCAAGCGGCAGAUGGCUGUGUACGACGAUGUGCAGGUGGGUGAUGACCUGGCCGCCUGCUUCAGCGACGGUCGCACACUGUGCACCUUGGUGCAUAGGUACCGGCCACAGCUGGUCGACCUGGCCGCGCUGCGGGCCGACGAGAGCGUGCUCAACCUGCAGCUUGCAUUCAAUGUACUCGAGAAAGAAGCGCAAAUCAAACCGAUUAUCAAGGCUGAGGAAUGGGCGAGCGGCGAAAACAGCGACGCCAUCAUCACCUACCUGGGUCAGGUGUACGACGCGUUCCGUGGAGAGAUACCGCACAUUAAGCAUGCCAAGUCUGCCAUUGAGGAGAUAGAGGAGAUUCUGGUCGCGCCGCGAAAGUCUAUCGGUAAAAGUCCGAAAAAGCGAGCCAGUCUUGAGAGGGAGCCAAAGAGACAGAUGAGGAAGCGGAAAAGUCACGACGCUGAGCCGUCGACGUCUCGCAGAGAAGAGUUGGAUCGGAACCGCGAGGAUCGGAUGCAGAGGCGGCGCAUGAUGCGCCACCUUACUUCGCAGAAGUUUGUCGAGAAUAUGCGGCGCAUGCAGUCGGUAGGCAACUUUUAUGACGAGCCGCGUGAGGAAAAGACCGAGGACUUUUCGCUCACCGUCUACCGGCAGCACGCGCCGCAUUUCAAAGACAGGGUCAAACAGCUCGAGCGCCAGAUGAUCUAUUGCCCAGAUCGAGAAAACCGAUUCAUGAGUGAGAUAGCGAAGAGAUCUGGACAGCCAGACGAAAAGUUCAGUGGCAGAAUCAAAGAGCUCGAAGCAAAAUUCAAGGACGGCAACGCCGUGUGUGAGAAAAAGCCUAAGGAUUUGCGCAGGGCAAUCGGCCGAAUCGAUAAGAACGACUGGAACAUUGCUGAGAUCGAGAAAAAAAUGGAGGAGAAUCGAAUGGCCAAGGGCAAGACGCAUGGCGGUGAGAAAGUGCCAAAGUGGAAUCACGACAAGUUCCUCGACAAGAUCUCGAUGAUGCAGAGUAAGCUAAAGGGCCGGAGCAAGGAGGAUGAGGCGGCUAAAUUCCGCGAAAUCGACUCAACGCUGAAAAAGCUGGACCGCCAGAUACGCGAAGGCAGCGUGCUCGACCCGAGCGGCCCCAGAGGCUCAAACAAGGUGUCUGCAAUGGCCGAGCAGCUAGCCAAAAAGCAGGAGCCCAGCGAGGCGCUGCCAUUGCAGAAGUCAGGCUCGAAAAGCGCCUUCGCAGUCGCCCAGCAGGCCUCCGACUGCCACUUCUGCUGCAAAAAGGUCUACCUCAUGGAGCAGCUCACCGCAGAAGGCCUGCUCUUUCACAGAGGCUGCUUCCGCUGCGAGUACUGCGGCACCACGCUCAGGCUAAAUAAUUACGCUUUCGACCGCGACGGUCGCUAUGGCAGCCGCUUCGUGUGCAUCAAUCACUUUGGCAUUCCUGGCUACAUUCGCGGUGCACGAGCUAGAAGAAAAUCUGAAGACUUAAAGGCAGCCGCCGCGGAAGAGACUGCAUUUACCGAACACCUGGCAGUUCCAAGUGCCGAGGAUCAGGCUGACGCGAUCCCCACAAUCGGCGUCACGCCAGAGCGGGUCGGCUUUGAAAAUCUGGCUGGCUCAGACGAAGAGGACUUAAUGGCCAGGCCCGCAUCUGGACUGGCUGAGAUGGACGAGGAAGCCUGGACCGACCACAACUUCCGCGUGUCUUGUGACUCUAGUGACGACCAGUCCGACAGUGCAACUGACUCGGACGAUGAGGACGCGGAGGCAUUCGAGGAGGCGAUUGACGAUGACGACGCGUUGAGCGUAGAGGGGACGCGGCAGCUGGCAGAGUCGUGGAAGCAGCGCUACUCGCGUCAGUCAGCCAGCGAGUUCAGUGACGAGGCUGAGAGCUCUGAAUGGAGCUGCGAACGCGACGAUGCUGAAGACGAGGACGACAGUUCGACAGCCACUGAAGGCGAUGCGGUGGCGCGCGAGCUGCUGCGCCAGAAGGAACGGCUGCUUGAGCGAGCCAAGCGUCGCCGCGAGGAGGAUAGUGAGGGUGGAUCUGACUGCACGUCAACGGAGACGGAGACCGAUGACGAGGACGAGCAAGAGGAGGAAAACCUGGCUACCGAAAUCGAAACAGACUCAGAGUUUGAGCUUGACUCGUCGUUGCCGACUAUCCUUAUCGACUCAGAUCUGCAAGUGUGUCAGGUCAGGUCAGGCCGCAUUGAACGCGGCAAUUUGAACAAGCCGGCGCCCAACAAGUAUCUGCAGAAGAAUAACGCCAAGAACAACAACCGGGCAGCUGCGGCGGCGCCUAUGGAGUUGACUCAGGCGGCGCUGCGGCACCGCCCGACGCAACUCGAGCUGCAGGCCAAGGAGAAAAUGGUACCGCUGCAGCAGGUCAAGAGCACCGAGGGCAUCGCUAGCAAGACAAGCCUCGAGCUGAAGAAGAAGUACCUGCUUGGCGGCGAGGCGGCGGCGGGAGCCUUUGGCAGACAGGUGCUCAAGUCGGACUCGGCGUCAGCACUUGACUCGCGCUUCCGCAGCUUCGUAAGCCAGAUCUCAGAGCAGCAGAAGCUGCUGCAGCCAGCCGCCCAGCCCAGCCCGGCGAUGCAGUCGCUGCUAUUGGACAGCAACAAGGCCACCUCCGCGUCGCCGCUGCUCACCAGCAUGUCUAGCGGCAACCUGCUCAACAACCGCGCCGACCUGCUCAACAAGUUGCCAAAGGUGCCGUCCAGCUUCGUACACAUCUGCGGCCGCAAAUCGGAGGAGCGCCUUGACGACGACAAAACGCCGCUCGUCGAGAACAUGCACAUUCUCGCCUCCUCCGAGGCUGAAGAGAAGGAACGCAAACUGGACCGCGACACAGACCGCGAGAGCGAUAAAAUAUCUGACCUGGAGCGCGAAAAGCCUGACGAAGACGCGACGCCGCAGGCAGAGCACCGGGACAUCAUUCUUGAGACCAAGGACAUCUCAGAUGAGCCGCGACCGCGCUCGCCCGCUCAUGAGACCUCCAUCAUCGUGCCGGACGCGUCUGAGUGGCGGGCCGCGCAGCAGCAGCAGCUUCAGCAGGGGGAGUCUGAAUCGGAGAGCAGUGAGUCCUCUUCCUCCUCCUCCUCUGAAAGCGGUAGCAGUACCGAAACCGAGGAGGUGGAAGAGGCGCCGCUCGUCGUUCCACCCAGGGUUGAGAUCACUGAGGUGGGCGACAAGGAGCUUGAGACGGAGCUCUCUGACUGGGCGCACGAGGAGAACAGCCUUGACGUUGAUGUUGAGAUCGAAGCGCGCAACGUUACCUUGCGAAGGCCCAAGCGACUGGCCACUCUCGCCCAGGAGGACAACGACGACGAUCUCGGCGACCACGUAGACGUGCUUACUGUCAGCGAGACCAACGAGGAAAAGCAGCAACUUGUGCUCGCCCCCGUUGAUGACAUCGUUGAGGCUGUCAACUUAGAGUGCCAAAUCGCGCCUCUCGCUUCUGCUCCUGAUCCUGAACCAUCUGUCGAAUCAGAAAAAGUGGAAGAGGAAGAACAGCCACCGCCACCACCACCACCGCUGCAGGUGGAGGAGGAAAAUGGUCCUGUGGACGUGAUGUCUGUGUCAGUGAGUAGCCUGGGCGAGGGAAUCAACGACAUCGAAUUUGUCGACACGAGCGAGGACGAGGAGGAUGGCGAGGAGAGUUCUGUCAAGGUAGAGGAGUACCAGCCACUGGCACAGGCAAGCUCAAGCACCAACACAGAGAGCAAGACGCCGGACACGGAGAGUAAGUCACCGGACACUGAGCAGGAGCGGCUGCUUCAGGAGGACGAGUAUGUGGCACACGUGCAUCGACUGCAGGAUCGUGUGUCGCCGUUCGGCAACGCCAAAGAUUCGAUCGACGUGCGUAAGGCUCGACGCGGCUCGUCGAACAGCAGCACCUCCAGCCCAUCUCAUCGUUCAUCGGCGGCGGAGAUACAGGUGGCGGCAGCGGUGGCGACGACACCAAGCACGUCGCGCAAACUUGAACAGAUCUCGCGCGAACGCUCGCGCCAGAAAAGUCUGGUUGAGGACCUGGUGAUGGCGCGCAUCCCACAGAAAGGCGUCCGGCGGAGGCUCAGCUCCAAGAGCCCGUCCGGCUCACCACGGCUUCCACCGCCCCCGGUGCCCCCGCCGCCUGUACCACCUCCCCCGGUGCCCAUGCCACCGUCUGGAAGGCCAGCGUCAGUGUUGCUGACGGGCGUGCGGCUGCCCGAGACUCCGCUCACGCACCCUGAGGCAUUCUCGUGCCCCGACAUUCGGCAGGCACUGCUGGCCGAGGCGGCCGCGUCUACGCCGGUGGCGCCGCCCAGGGCCAAGAAGAAACCACAGGCGCAAACGGAGCCGAUCAAGGGCGGCGCAAAGCAGGGCCGUGAGCGGCGCAAGAGCAUCAUGCAGGCCGUGUCGGAGCUCUUCCGCAAGAGCCCCGCCGCGGACAAGGAGAAGAAAGGACCGCCGGUGCCUCCGCCACCCGCACACUACCCGCCAGCGUCGCCUCCAGCGCAGGAGGACAGCCCAAGCGACGGCGAAGACUCGCGCAGCUUCUCGGUGGAGGACUCAGUUCGCAGGAGCGCCCGCAGCGCCAAGAAGGCGGCUCGACAGGCCCAGCUGAAGCGACUCCGCACGGCGCACGAGCUCAAGAGGCAGCUAGAGGAAUUAGAAGUGAAGCAGCGGCAGCUUGAGCAGCGCGGCGUCGCACUCGAAAAAGCACUUAAGGGCGAGGCUGCGGCGCCGCACGCCAACGAGGCUGACAUGCUGCAUGAGUGGUUCGCCCUGAUGCGCCAGCUGGCCGAGGCGCGCAGACAUGAGCGCCAGCUCACCAUCAAGGCCCAGGAACUUGAGCUGCACGAGCGUCACGCCCGCCUCCAGUCCGACCUCCGCCAGCGCAUGGCCGUCGAUGACGUUUCGUCUGUUGGUUGCGAUGAGUUGAUUCGAGCACAAGAGCAGCAGGGACGUGGAGGAGGAGGGCAAGAUCCUGAGCGAGAUUCUCGAGAUCGUUGAGCAGCGAAACGGCCUGACCAACCAGCUGGAGGAGGACCGCCAAAGGUACGCGGAGGAAGACAAGGAGCUGGAGGCACAGAUGUUGGCCAAGGGACUGCGCCUGACGCCGCUCAGGAAGGAGUCGAACGUGUGAGGCGCGGCACGAGAGAGGCCCUCCUUUCCGCUCACUUUCCUGCUCUUCGAAGCCGCUGCUUUUUUUAAAAUUUGACUUGUCGUUCGUUUCUCGUGCGGCCGAUCACUCUCACACUCAGAAAGCUGGCUUCCAAUGUGAUAACUCUUGUGAUUACGUUUUUUACGAUCCGCCGAUUCGGUCAUGCUUGUUUCUCGAAUUUGUCUCUUCUCUUGCUUUUACACAAAAAUAUUUUUGAGCCCUUGCGAGGCACUGAGAUUUUACUCGGACUUUUGAAGAAACGCCUCUCUCGACCCGCGCGAACGCGAAGCCCACCCACCCGCCUUUCACAGCCGGUGCAAUACAAUUAAAAUGUUGACGGAAAUUUUACUUUUGAGCACAAUUUGUAUAUCGAGAGACUGCUUUUUAAUGUAUCGAUUAUUUUUGAUUACCUAGUCCUGUGCAUGCUGCUUGUUGCGAAUUGUAGUGACAACAACAAUACACAUGUGUCUGUAAAGCAUACUUUUAUAACCUAAUAUUGCCUGACUAAAUAAAAGAAACAAACACGUCUAUAUUUAAAUUAUUCAGCCUCGUAUGUAUGCGUAUUACAUUGUAAUUGAAAAUUAUAUUAUUAAAAAAAUACUGGUCAAAGUAACAAAA